AUGGCUUUCGGAUCCUCUCGCACCAGAACCUCUUCUGAGGAGCAGCGUGGACGAAGCACUGAGCCAAUUCCCCUCAUGGAGUCCAAGCAACGAACAAACUCAUACUCCAGCGAGUUCUCGACCCAAUCUACGGCAUCUUCCACAACCAAAGCUUCCCGCUCUUGGUUCAAGGCUGCUCCCCAACCAGUAAACAAUGUUACCUACUGUGGCCGCCAUUCAAGCCAGUUCCUCUUUGGCGGCCCUUCUCUGGCUGAUCUCGCCCGGGCGAUGUUGGGCAAGGAUUGA